UUCUUCAUUACCACCACUAUUCUCUUCCUUCAGCGAUAAUAUUCGCCUGUAAUGCCACCCAAGAAGGACAUCGCGAGCAUCCUUUUUCACAAGAAGAAGCCGCCAGUUGCCAAGGCCCAGCCAAAAGCCGGCCCCCCACCCCAGAAACCGCGACCACCAAAAGCAGUGGCACCGCGUAAACAGGAAGAAGACGACGACGACCUCCACUUGCCAGACGGACCUUAUUCAGAUUACAAGCUCUUCUCUUCUGCUCUCAAUGGGUGGAAAUACGACGUCAUGAAGUUUGACUCACGGAAGCCUGUCGACAUAGGAACAUGGCCACAACCUAUCAAGCUGAACCGGAAAGACCUCAGGAAAGACGACCCGGCAGCGAGCACGGCUGGAGUUCCGGUAGGACCCAUGUUGGGCGCAGACGGCCAGCCCGUUCUCCAGGAUGGCAAAGUCGUGAUGGUGGAUGCGGAGGGACGGAUCGUGCAGGAUGAGGCAACCAAGGCAAAGGCAGCCCCGGCGAAGAAGAAAUUCCAGAAGAAGACAAGACAGGUCUUCAUUGUUCCAGAAGAGACGAGGCUGCUGAGGAAGGAGGAGAGGUAUCCGUGGGUUCUGGAAGACGGCAUGGGCAAGGAAACUUGGGUGGCGCAGCUGGACGACACGACAAAGGCCCAGACGCAUGCGUUUUUCAUGCCUGCGGCUAAUGAUGUCUUCAAGUUUGUCCCUGCUCAUCGGUGGUACAAAUUUCAGAAGAAGCUGAAGCAUGAUCUGCCUACUGAUACAGCAAAUGUUGAGGCUCAGUAUGCAAAACACCAGAAACGCGAUCCUGGUGCUUGGCUAGCUCAGAGAACGGGAAGAGCGCUCUCCGCCCACACGGCUGCGAUGUUCAAGGCGGAGGCCGAGGGAACUACAUUUGAUGACGCGCAUACACCUGGGCAGAGUUUAGGACCUGGUGGGCGGAGGCUUAAGGCUGUUGACAAUGGCAUGGACAGUUUGUUUGGAGAUGACGAGGACGGCGAGGGCUCUAGACGGAAACGCGAAAGAGAAUACGGCGAGGAGGGAGAUCUCGAUGAGCAGGAAUAUGAAGAAGAGUUUGCUGACGAUGACGAGAAGAUGGACGUUGACAAUGACGAUGAUGAAGAAGCUAAGGAGCUCGAGGAGCGGUUAAAAAAGGAGUACAAGAGCGCGAACAAAAUUAGAGAGGGUUACGUAGACGAUUCAGAUGAAGAGGAGAAACCCAAGAUGUCGAAGGAAGAGCGACGAAUGCAGAAGCUGAUACGCAAUCGCGAAGGUGGAGAGCCAGAUGAUAGUGAUGACGAAAAGAAUCCGUAUGCCAGUUCUGAAGAAUCUUCUGAGGAAGAAGAGGAGAUACCAGCGCAGCCAGUCUCACAGCCGCCCCAACCAACCGAUCCACUUGCAAAUUCACAAGCGCCUCAGACAGCGAAACCUUCUACGAGCCAGCCAGCCCUGAACGGGUCUAAGUCAGAUGUUCGGGCCACAUCACCCGCUAGUCUUAGCGGACAUUCCCUUGUAGCGAAACGCGCCACUAGUCCAAAGGCUCCGAAACUGAAACCCAAUGGGGGGAGCCGCGGAGGUAGUCCCCUCGCCAGUCGAGCGACGAGUCCCGUACCGGUCUCGAAUAGCCGUGCGACGAGCCCAGUCGCGGGGGCGGGAAGCAGAGCUGGAAGCCCUGUGCUCCAGAAUGGAAAGAAGAGGAAAGCUGAUGAAGGAGCGGCCUCGCCUCAAGGCAGCGGUCAGGUCGGACCUCCCAAACCUAAGAAACGCAAGUCCAACGCCGGACCGGUACCCCCACUUGAAGACCGGAUGGUAAUAGAGUGGCUGAAGAAUACUCCGAAUGCGUCCACGAGAGACUGUAUUCAGCACUUUACACCAUUUCUCAGGGAUGAGGGGAAGAAGGCCAAAUUUACGGCUUUGGUGAAGGAGGUGGCGCAAUUGAAGGACGGCGUGCUAGUCUUACGGGCUGCGUAUCGCAAUGGGGGAACGCCUGCUUCACCGCUCUAACCCUGUAUAUUCCCUGAUAAUGCAUUGUUUACUUUGUGUAUUCUACCGCCAAGCUGUCCUGUUAGUGCCUUUCCGGCAAGGGGUGACCUAGUUAUUGGGAUGUUUUAGGGAGCGGUGUCUAACUCAAAGUUCUGUCUUUCUCAAGUCGGAGUGCCAGUUACUGCGAGGUUAUUUCAAGUAACGACUUAGACCGAAUCUGAGAUCUGAAACUCGAUCGGGACUAAAUUUGGACAGGGGGCAAUAGUGAAGCAGACCGACUUGGGUCUUACAGAAC